AUGAGCAGGGGUGGCGCGAUAGAGUACUGGAUGACGGGGCACCCGGCAAUCGUAGGGUUCCGGUGGAGCCCGGCGGAGUCUUGGGGCAGCACCUGGUGGUUCCUCGUCGCCUCCAUCGUCUCCUAUCUCACGGCGGCGCUCGCGCUGCACCUCCUCCUCCACCUCGCCGGCCGCCGCCGGCCACUCCCCCUGGGGCCCCUCCCCGCCGCCCACUCCCUCUCCAUGUUCCUCGUCUCCUCCAUCAUUUUCGCCGGCACGCUCCUCUCCUCCGCCGCCGAGAUCCGCGAGACCCGCUGGUUCUGGCUCAACCGGCGGAGCUCGAAGCUCACCCACCCGUUGCAGUGGCUCCUCUGCUUCCCCCCCGGCACCCGCUCCGCCGGCCGCGUCUUCUUUUGGUCUUACCUCUUCUACCUCUCCCGCUUCCUCCACCUCCUCCGCACCUUCUUCCUCAUCGCCCGCCGCCACCGCCGCCGCCAGUCCCUCGCCGCUCUGCUCCUCACCCACUGCGCCCUGGUCUGCACCUCCUUCGUCUGGCUCGAGUUCUCCCAGUCGGUGCAGGUGGCAGCGAUCCUCGCCACCACGCUCGCCUACGCCGUCGUCUACGGCUACCGCUUCUGGGUCGCCGUCGGCCUGCCACCGGCGGCCUUUCCCGGCGUGGCGGCCGGCUGCCGGCGCCUGCUCAUGGCCUGCAACCUCGCCUCCCACGCCGGCGUCCUCCUGCUCCACCUCUGUAAGGGCGACUGCAACGGCAUCGGCGCCUGGGCAUUCAACUCCGUCCUCAACGCCGCUCUGCUGCUCCUCUUCUUCCUCAACUGCCGCCGGAGCUGGGAGGGCAUAGAGGACGACGACUCCUCCACCCACCACGGCCGGCAACUGGCCGGCGCCGACGACGGCGACUCGGUUCAGAAGGACAGGUAG